UCUCUCUCUCACACACACACACACAAAAUUAAAUACAGAGAGAUAGAGGGAGAUAACAUUUUUUGUCACACAGAUGCAGACAUGGAGAGUGAGUGGAAAGCUAAUGAGAUAUCACCAAAUUGUCCAAGAUGUGGUUCAUCCAACACAAAAUUCUGCUACUACAAUAACUACAGUUUAACUCAACCAAGAUACUUUUGCAAAGGAUGCAGAAGGUAUUGGACAAAAGGUGGAUCCCUCAGAAAUGUUCCUGUUGGUGGUGGCUGCAGAAAAAACAGAAGAGGUAACAACAAAACCUUAUUAAGACAACAAUCCUUUGAUUCUCUCACUUUCAAAAAUUCUGAUACAAUUGGUCAUCAUUCUUAUGAUCCUAUUUUGAGGACUAAUAAUAUUAUUUCAUCUUCUUCUUGCUCCUCAUUGGUGAAUACUGAUAGACCAAAUAUUGAUCUUGCAUUAGUUUAUGCAAAUUUCCUCAAUAAAAAGCCUGAUUCUCAGAACAAUUCUGAUCAAAUGGAUAAAAGACCUUUUGAUCCUUCUUUAGAAAAUUCAAGGCUAUCAAAUGUUGAAGUUGGUACAAGUAGUUUCAAUUUGUCUGAAAUAGAAAUUGGUCUCAAAGGAUGUUUGAAUCUUAAUCAAGAACAAUUACCAUCCACAAUAACAAAUUUUAGUGAGGUUGAGAAUAAUCAAAUGUAUUGUAAUGAGUUUCAUUCUAUGGAGAUUCUUCAGAACAUCCAACUGAAAGGUUUUGUUGGCCGACUGGACCAACUGGACCAAACAUACGUUGGCCGAUUCUCUUCAUGUUGUUGCAUAUUUGUUUUGUUUACAUACUCAUUAUAUGUAGUUGUGUAUAGAAUAUGGUUUUUAUUACUACAAAAUAAUUUGAAAUUCUAA